CUUACUCCUAAAGUUUAUGUAAUAUCCUACACACCGCGCUUUGUGUUUGACUUUCUAGCGACACUUUCAUCUCGCCUUGUUUUAAAAUUGUCGUUUCUUUUGUCACUUACAACUCUCAACAAGACAUUCUUUUAUGAUCGUUUUAAAACAAAUUCUUAAAAUCGUUCUAAUCAAAUGGGUUCAGGAGACGUUUUAGAGGCGACUAUCGGGAGUUUCGGGCGAUUUCAAUGCCGAAUUUUCAUUUUGGUCGCACUUUUAAAAGUUCCGAUAUCUUGGUUUCAAUUAGGAAUUGUUUUUAUGGCCCCACCGACUGAGUAUUGGUGCAGACAACCCGAAGAUUUCAAGUUUAAUUUGAGCACGGAAGAAUGGAGAUCGUUUAUUAAAAUUAACGAAACGCAAAACCCUUGCUUAAUGGCAAACGUUGAAUACAAAAACUUCUUUAACAACACUUUAACAGCAUGCAAAUGGGGUUACGAUUACGAUAAAAAAAUUAUUGAAUCAAGCAUGAUUUCUGAAUGGAAUUUAGUUUGCGGGGAUGAACAUUUGGUUAAUUUGGUGCAAAUUAUUUUUAUGGUUGGAGUUUUAUUAGGAGGAAUUCUUUUUGGAAUUCUUUCAGAUCACCAAGGUCGCAAAAAAACCUUAAUAAUCUGCAUUUUAAUCCAAUCAACUCUCGGUUUAAUAUCAUCUUGGAUCCCUUGGUUUACCUCGUUCUUAAUCGUCCGCUUUUUUUUGGGAUUAUCAAACGGGGGAAUAACCGUAACUUCGUUCGUGAUGUGUAUGGAAAUCGUAUCCGGAAAAUUCCGCUCUAUCAUACCGAUCUUGUAUCAAAUCCCAUUCGGAUUAGGAAACUCUCUAAUGGCGCUCUUCGCAUACUUUAUACGCAAUUGGCGUCAACUCCAAUUGGUUUUAUCUUCGUUCAGUUUGGUUUUCGUGUCCUACUAUUGGUUUUUAAGCGAAUCACCUCGCUGGUUAAUCGCGACGAAUCAAAAAAAGCGCGCCUUUGAAGUGUUAGAGAAAGCUUUGAGGUUCAAUCGAAUCGAAAAUAAGGAUUUGGGGAAAGUUUUAGAAAAAUUUGUUAAAAAAGAUGAUAAAAAAGAUUUUAGAAUUAUUUUUAGAGAGAGAUCUUUAAGAAAAGUCACUUUUAUUAUGAGUUUUGAAUGGUUUUUUUUGGGAAAUAUUUUUUAUUCUUUCACCCAAUACUUAGGAGUAAUCGGAAAUAACGUUUUUAUAAACGUUUCAAUAAGCGGAUUAAUCACAAUCCCAGCCUCGAUUUUAUGUUUAUUUAUUUUAAAAAAAUUAGGGCGGAAACUAACGAUGACAAUUUCGCAAUUAACGAUGUCCUUAAUUUUUUUUGCGCUAAUUUUUGAAAAUUGGUUUCCGUUUAUUUGGAUCAGCGUCAUUUUAGCAGCCUUGGGAAUCAUUACAUUAACUAUGUCAACAUCAGUUUUAUUUUUAUACACGGGCGAAUUGUAUCCUACAAUCGUCAGAAAUUCUUCGGUGGGUUUCUGCUCGAUGCUAGCCAAAGUCGGAGCGAUCAUUUCGCCCUUUAUUUAUUCUACAAAAGAUUACUACAAAUUCUUGCCUUUAAUUAUAAUGGCGGCGAUGGCGAUUUUGAACGUUUUAAUUUUAAUUCCUUUACCGGAAACUUUAGAAAUGGAUUUAACUGAUAAUUUAAAAGAUUUGGAGAUGAGGACUAUUAAUGAGGAAGGUAUCGAAAAUGAGAGAUUUUUGGAAAAUAACCAAAGAAAUAAGGAUUAAGAGACAUAAGUAUUUGUUGUAUGUAUUUAAAUUGUAUUUAAAUAAUUUUAUUUUUUAAUAAAAAAAUUAGAAGUU